AUGCAAUCAUCAGUUGUAGAUAGAUCGCUCUUCACUUCUCAAUUAUUACCAAAUACAUCACAACCAGCAAUUUGGGAUGAUAAAAUGAAAGCUAGUCGUGAUUUUCUAGAAGAACUAAAAUGUCUUUUUCUUCAAGUUCGAAAUCCCCAUAAAAAUGCAAUCGAGGAAUUGGUCAGACAAAUUAUCAAAUGCGAUCUCAAUUCAGCAGAUAGUAUAGAAUGGUUAAGAGUCAGGAAUAGGCAUUUUGAUGACUUUCAAAAUAAACUACUUGAUGAGACAGAAGAUUUGAUCGAAUUAUUUAAAGCAACAGA